AUGAAGGUAGAGAAAGUGCUUCGCAUGGCCACCGGCGACGGAGGGAACAGCUACGCCGCCAACUCCAGGCUCCCGGAGAAGGCCUUGAUAAAGACGAGGCCAAUGCUUGAGAAGGCCAUACAAGAUCUGUACACGUCGACGCUCACUCCUCAGGGUCAGGGCAUAAUGGUGGUGGCUGACCUCGGCUGCUCAACGGGGCCUAACGCCUUGCUCGUCGUCUCCGAGGUGAUGAGCACACUCCGAGAAUGCCUCCGCCGAGAGGAGAUGGACGACGACGACCGGCGCCACGGCGGCAUGGCGGCGGUGCAAUUCUUCCUCAACGAUCUGCCGGGCAACGACUUCAACCUCGUCUUCCGGUCCCUAGAGAAUUUGCAGAACUUGGCCUCGGAGACUGAGGCUGAUGAUCCGGAGCUUCCGUGCUACGUUGCCGGGCUACCAGGGUCCUUCUACACGAGGCUCUUCCCAUCCAAUAGCGUCCAUCUCUUCCACUCGUCCUACAGCCUCAUGUGGCAAUCCAAGGUCCCUGAGGAUCUCACAAACGGGAGUCAUCUGAAUGAAGAGAACAUCUACAUUGGGAAGACUACUUCACCGACCGUGGUAACAUUGUUCCAAGAACAAUUCAGAAAGGACUUCAAGUUGUUCCUCGCAUUGCGGUACAAAGAACUUGUUCUUGGUGGCCGUAUGGUGCUAACAUUUCUAGGCCGAAAGAGUGGAGAAAUGCUGAUGCAUGGAGAAGUUGGUACCAUGUGGGAGUUGCUUGCUAAAUCUCUGCAGUCACUGGUACAAAAGGGUCGCGUCAAAAAGGAGAAACUGAGCUCCUUUAACCUGCCAUACUACGCACCAUCAGUUAAUGACGUGAAGGCCUUGGUUAAGGAGGACAAUCUCUUUAACGUCGACCACAUCGAUCUCUUCGAGUCCAACUGGGAUCCCCUUGACGAUUCAGACAGUGAUGUGGUGCCUGAUUGCGAGAGCAGUGGGGAAAAUGUGGCGAACAAAAGCAUAAGGGCAGUAAUGGAGCCGCUUAUUGUGGAGCACUUUGGUGACGCUAUACUAGAUGAGCUGUUCGUGGUGUUUGCCUCCAUGGUAUCCAAGCAUCUUGAGAUAACGAAGGCAAAGUACCCCGUCAUUGUAGUCUCCUUGAACAAGGCCGGCCACCCGUUGAAUUGA